AUGCUAAGAACAGUAAAUUUGCGAAUUGCAAGGUCAAAUAAUUUAAUAAAGAGAACAUCCCUAAAUGGAGUACGCAUAUCAUCUAGAAGUUUAUCCUAUGGAAAGGGGACUAACUUACCAUGGUCAUCUCCUAUUAAGAGUUAUAAUUCUUCAAAAUUGAAAUUUUCAUCUUCACAAAAUGUUAUGCCAUUAACAAAACCAUUAUUACAAUUUUCUAGACCUUAUGUUCAGAUACGUACAGAUCCUAAUAAGAAAACUUUCUUGGAACAAUAUGCAACUAAUUUAACUUCGUUAGCCAAAGAAGGGAAAUUGGAUCCAAUCAUUGGUAGAGAUGAAGAAAUAUCCCGUGCCAUCCAGAUUUUAUCGAGAAGAACAAAGAAUAAUCCCGUUGUUAUUGGUAGGGCUGGUGUUGGUAAAACAUCUUUGGUUGAAGGUCUUGCUCAAAGGAUCGUACGAGACGAAGUCCCCGAAUCAUUACGUGGUAAACAGCUUUAUAAUUUGGAAUUAAGCUCAUUAAUUGCAGGUGCUAAAUAUAAAGGUGAAUUUGAGGAAAGACUUAAAGGUGUCCUGGAUGAUAUCGAUGAGUCUGUAAUUAUUUUCAUUGAUGAAGUUCAUAUGUUGUUAGGAUUAGGUGGUUCUGGGCAAGGUUCGAUGGAUGCAUCUAAUAUUUUGAAACCAAAAUUAGCUAAAGGUUUAAGAUGUAUAUCUGCCACCACAUUAGAUGAAUAUAAAAUUAUUGAAAAGGAUCCUGCAUUGGCCAGAAGAUUUCAACCAAUUAUCUUAAGUGAACCUACCGUUGCUGAUACGAUUUCUAUAUUAAGAGGAUUAAAGGAAAGAUAUGAGGUACAUCAUGGGGUAAGAAUUACUGAUACUGCAUUGGUUUCUGCAGCUGUACUAUCAAAUAGAUAUAUUAAUGACAGAUUCUUGCCAGAUAAAGCUAUAGAUUUAGUCGAUGAAGCUUGUGCUGUGUUAAGAUUACAACACGAAUCUAAACCUGAUGAGAUCCAAAUCUUAGAUCGUCAUAUCAUGAGAAUUCAAAUUGAAUUAGAGUCAUUGAAAAAGGAGACAGAUCCUCUCUCUAUUGAAAGGAGAGAAUCUUUACAAAAGGAAUUAGAUUCGGAUAAUAAUGAACUUUCAAGAUUGACUAAGAUUUGGGAAGCUGAGAAAGAAGAAAUUGAUUCUAUUAAAAAUGCAAAGGCUAAUUUGGAGAAAGCAAAAAUUGAAUUAGAACAAACCCAAAGAACUGGAGAUUAUAGAAAGGCUUCAGAAUUAAGAUUUUCUGUAAUUCCAGAUUUAGAGAAAAAAAUUGAAUUAGCUAAUAAGAAAGAUGCUAAGGGCAAUGUGGUCACCGAAACUAUGUUACAUGAUUCUGUAACAUCUGAUGAUAUUUCUAAAGUUGUAGCAAGAAUGACAGGUAUUCCAACUGAAACAGUCUUGAAAGGUGAUAAAGAUCGUUUAUUGUUCAUGGAAGAUUCUUUAAGAGAAAGAGUUGUCGGGCAAGAUCAAGCCAUCAAGGCCAUUGCAGAGGCUGUUAGACUUCAGAGAGCAGGUUUGACAAGUGAAAAGAGACCAAUUGCAAGUUUCAUGUUUUUAGGUCCUACAGGUACUGGUAAGACAGAAUUAACAAAAGCAUUAGCGCAAUUCCUUUUUGAUAAUGAAUCUAAUGUAAUUAGAUUUGAUAUGUCAGAGUUCCAAGAGAAACAUACUGUUUCAAGAUUAAUUGGUGCCCCUCCAGGUUAUGUGCUAAGUGAAUCCGGUGGUCAACUAACAGAAGCUGUAAGAAGAAAUCCUUAUUCUGUUGUGUUGUUUGAUGAAUUUGAAAAGGCACAUCCUGAUGUAUCCAAAUUGUUGUUACAAGUAUUGGAUGAAGGUAAACUGACAGAUUCUUUGGGUCAUCCUGUUGAUUUCCGUAAUACAAUUAUUGUGAUGACUUCAAAUAUUGGACAAGAUAUCUUAUUAUCCGAAAAACCAAUUAAAGGUGAAGAAGACUCAGGUAAUAUUAGUCCAAAGAUUAAACAGAGUGUUGUAGAUGAGAUGAAGAGACAUUAUCCACCUGAAUUUAUUAACCGUAUUGAUGAUAUCUUGGUGUUCAACAGACUGUCUAAGAAGGUUUUAAGAUCUAUUGUAGAUAUUAGAAUUAAGGAAGUUCAAGAAAGACUGAAUGAAAAGAGAAUGAAAUUAAACUUAUCAUUAGAGGCUAAAGAUUGGUUAACUGAUCAUGGUUAUGAUCACUUUUAUGGUGCAAGACCAUUGAAUAGAUUAAUACAUAAGGAAAUAUUAAAUUCAAUGGCUACAUAUUUGUUAAAGGGCCAAUUGAGGUCGGGUGAAACUGUAAAUGUAAUUGUCGAGGACAAUAAUUUGGUUGUUGAACCGAAUCAUGCCGAAGGUGAGGAAAUAGAACAAGUGCCUGAGAAAUAG